UCCCUUGUCUCUCGUCUCUCUUAUCAUUUUCCCCCUUCUCCCUCUCUCUCUCUUCGCUCUUCAUCAAACAUUCAUUUUCGUUUUAAUUUUCUCUUCUUCCCACCCUUUUCAACUCCUUCUCUCUCUACAAUUCUCCCUCUCUCUCUCUAUCUCUAUAUGUCUUAGGGUUAGGGUUUUCUGAAAUUUUAUUUACAAAAUUAUGCAGCAAAGGAACAUCAUCAACUCUAUCGGCAAGCUAUGCAAUUUUGCCCUAAUCCAACUAUCUGCUUCGUCCAUGGCUUAAAUUAGCUUCGUUUUUUUCUUUUCCCCUUCAGUGGUAGCAGUCUUGGAAUGGAUGUGUAUAAUGUUCCUGAACAUGGAAAUGCAGAUGCUUACCUGAUUCAAGGCACUACCGACCCAAAUUCACAAUUAACAAACCGUGUUCUUGAACCACUUGAAGCUGCUAUGUAUAACGAAGGCACUCCAGAGUUUGUGGUUGAUCAGGGCAUGUAUUAUCCUUCUGCUACCAAUUACGGCUAUAUUUGUACAGGAUUGGAAUCGCCAGGUGAUUGGGAUGACCACCAUAGAGUUUUUGGUGUGGAUGGUCAAAAUAUUCAGUUCAUAGGCACUCAAACAGAAAGUAUGCCUUAUGUGUAUUAUACUACACCUAGCUAUGGAUAUGCAGAGUCUCCAUAUAACCCUUACAAUCCUUACAUCCCUGGUGCGAUGAUAGGAUCUGAUGGCUCCUAUGUAGGGGCACAACAGUACUACAUACCUUAUGAAAAUGGUGCCUCUUCACCAGCUUAUUAUCCCAUGCUUGUUCAAACCAGUCCAGACACUUUGACAACAACAGAUCAAUACAUGGAUAUGCCCACAUCUAAUUGGAUCGAUCCAUCAUCAGCAAAUCCAACAAGGGCUGCUUCAAACCAUGCAAAUUCUUUUGGAAAAGUUUCAGAAGGGUAUAAAAGUAAUGAUAACAAAUUACCUGCAAACAAUGGUAAUGGUAAUGGUAAUGGUGGUGUGACUUCCAGCAGUGGGAAAACUACAUCUAAUCAUAACAACGGGCUAAAAGUUAGUGUUCCUUCUGGUAACAACAACUUGCCUAAUUUAAGUGGUAAUGGGCGGGUGGUGGUGGAUAAGGUUCGGUCAAAGUCAAGUUUUGGUAAGAUGACAAGUGAUGUGAAUGGAAAUGGAAAUGGUAAUAAUCCGAAUGGUUUGGGUGAACAGAACCGUGGUCCUAGAUCAAACAGUCGGUUGAGUGUUAAAGCCUACUCAACUAGAGCUGGGAAUAGUGAUGCACAAGGAAACAUUGUAAUCUCCAUGGACAACUACAACAAGGAUGAUUUCCCUGUGGAGUAUGUGAAUGCAAAGUUCUUUGUUAUAAAAUCAUACAGUGAGGAUGAUGUUCAUAAGAGUAUCAAGUAUAAUGUAUGGUCGUCUACACCUAAUGGAAACAAGAAACUCAACACUGCUUAUGAAGAAGCCCAGAAAAUAUCACAAGGGGACUGUCCUGUCUUCCUGUUUUUCUCUGUGAAUGCAAGUGGGCAGUUUUGUGGGGUUGCUGAGAUGAGUGGGCAUGUGGAUUUCCAUAAAGAUAUGGAUUUUUGGCAACAAGACAAAUGGAGUGGGAGUUUUCCAGUGAAGUGGCAUAUAAUUAAAGAUGUACCAAAUCCCCACUUCCGUCACAUCAUAUUAGAAAACAAUGAGCAUAAACCAGUAACAAACAGCCGCGAUACACAAGAGAUAAAGUAUAAAAAAGGAAUAGAAAUGCUGAAAAUAUUCAAGAACUAUACAUGGAAGACAUCUUUACUUGAUGAUUUCAUGUACUAUGAGAACCGACAAAAGAUAUUACAGGAAGAGAAAGCCAGAUUACUAAUCAAAAGCUACGGCACUCCAGUAUUUGUCCCUGUUCUUCACCCUCCCCGCAAACUUAAUAAUAAUAAUAAUAAUUCAAAUAACUUGUAUGAUUUGGCCUCCACAACCACAACCACAACUACAACUGGAGAUGAAAAUUCUCCCUCUCAUGAUAUAAUAAAAAAUACUUCAACUUCAACUCAUCAAGAUAGACAACAAGUGGUUGUUGAAGAUAAAGAUGUUUUACAUUUUCAAUCCCUCUCUAUAAACCAAGAAGAAGAAGAUGUUGGUGGUGGUGGUGUUUUGACGGUGGGGUCAAUGCCAGUCAAAGUCAACGGGUAUGGUCAGACUUCUGGUUUUUUGACAGUGGGAACGAUCCCGCUUGAUCCUAAAGCUUUGAUGAAGGUAAAAGAAGGCCAAGCUGGUGAUUCUAAAAACAAAGGCUAAAAAUUGUCAUGUCAUAUUUGUAUAAUUUUCAAUGCUAUAGCUAUUGGGAUUGGUUUGGUAUGGUAUGGGAGGGGGGUAGGUAAUAGGGAAAAGUUGAUUGUUAUUUUGGGGUUAAGUUGUGUUUUGGUUUUUGGGAAUGGUGUGGGUUGGGUGAUACUAAUCUGAAAAAUACAAAGUGUAAACCUUUUGCAUUUUUUCUUCUCUUGCAUUGUUAUCGGAUUUAAAG